AUGGAGGUACAUCAUGUAGUUGCGGUGGUCGCUGUUGUUGCGGCCAUACGAGGAAAAACCUGCAGAGGAAGCAUGUAUGCGACCAGGAACCCAAGUCAUGAAUCUAGCAGUCACCUGAACAAGGUAGAAGCAGUGACAAGCGCGCGACGGGCCGCGCCCAGCGGUUCGCGCACACUGAGCGGUGAGACUUUGUUCAGCGCCUAG